AUGGAGGCACCCACUCCUACGAAUGCCAGCGCGGCGGCCGCCAGCGGCUUUGCGGGCUACCACAAAAUCCAGGAUAGCACACGAAACUGGGUCCUCCCGCGCGGCGGCAAGUCCUUCGGCAAAGCCUGGGCCGCCACCGAAAAAGUGCACGGGGCCAACUUCUGCUUCAUCGUGAGCCGACGUGCGGACGGGCAGGUCGAGGUGCGGUGCGGCAAGCGGCGCGAGGUGCUGCGCGACGGGGAGGACUUCUUCGGCCACGCCGUGCUCCUCGACCGCCUGCGGCCGCAGGUCCUCCGCCUCUUCGCCCACCUCGAGCAGCACCAGACCACCCUCCUCGCCGACCACGUCUCCGGCCUCCACAAGGCGUCGAGUAAGAAGACGAGCGAGGCGACGACGGCGCCGGCGGCGAUUGAGCGGGUGCUGCUGUUCGGGGAGCUGUGCGGGGGGCGCUACCCGCACCCCGAGGUGCCGCCGGACGCGCGGGUGGAGGCGGUCCAGACGGGCGUGUACUACUCGCCCACAAUCGAGUUCUACGCCUUCGACAUUGCCCUCGAACUGGCCGGCGGGCGCCUCAACGAGGCCACCGACGACUCCCUCUUCUUCCUCGACUACGACAAAGCGCUGGAGAUCUUCCGGAGCGUGGAGCUGUUGUGUGCGGAGCCGCUGGCCGUGGGCACCUACGAGGAGAUGCUCGAGCACCCGGUCGAGUUCGAGUCCACGAUCCCCGCGCGGUUGGGCCUUCCGCCGCUGCCCACGCCCAACCGAGCUGAGGGAAUUGUGUUGAAACCAAUGAAGACGCUCUAUGUGGCGACCAGCAAAGGUUCAUCGACGCGGGCGAUCGUCAAGAAGAAGACCAAACAGUUUUCAGAAGAGAAUCAGUACCACCAGGCGGAGAAGUGGCAGGCCAAGCCAGCGGACGGGUCGGGCUACGGCCCCUCGGAGGCGGAGAUGAUCGAGUUCGAGAUGUACGCCCUCAUCACCCGCAACCGGCUCAACAACGUCAUCUCCAAAAUGGGCCGGGUGGAGGCCAACGAAAAGGAGAAGGUGGUGGAGCUGCUGCGCAAGUUCAUGGAGGACGUGAUGGAGCAGCUGCGGGAGGACAACGCCGACGCCAUUCGGGCGCUGCCAACCGCCGCCAAGACCGACCUCAACGCCAAGCUGCGCGCCGAGUGCAAGCAGAUCAUCGUCCAGCACUUCAAGGACCUCGCCGCCGAGCGUAAAGCAGUGUAG